AUGGGUUACAUUCCCGUACUUCUUUUUUGCUUCUUUUCAAUGCUGAAUAGAGUAACGGCCACAGCCAUUGACAUCAUAAACACAACUCAGUUCAUCAGGGAUGGCGAUACCAUAGUUUCAGCAGAUGGAACCUAUGAAUUAGGAUUUUUCAGCCCUGGAAAUUCCAAAAACAGAUACUUGGGCAUAUGGUAUGGGAAAAUACCAGUUCAAACUGUAGUUUGGGUUGCCAAUAGAGAAACUCCCCUUAAUGAUUCGUUGGGGGUUUUAAAGAUCACAAACAAAGGAAUUCUUAUCCUUCUCGAUCGCAGUGGGAGCGUGAUUUGGUCUUCCAACACAGCAAGACCUGCGAGGAAUCCAACCGCUCAACUUUUGGAGUCAGGAAACCUUGUUGUGAAAGAGGAGGGCGAUCACAACCUGGAAAAUUCCUUGUGGCAGAGUUUUGAACAUCCGACUGAUACGAUAUUGCCAGGCAUGAAGCUAGGAAGGAGUAGAAUAACAGGAAUGGAUUGGUCCAUGACAUCAUGGAAAUCAGAAGAUGAUCCUUCCAGAGGUACCAUUACAUGUAAACUUGCUCCUUAUGGAUAUCCUGACAUGGUUGUGAUGGAAGGUUCGGAAGUGAAGUACCGAUCUGGACUAUGGGAUGGUCUGCGGUUCAGUGGCGUACCUAGCACAAAACCAAAUCCUAUAUACAAAUAUGAAUUUGUUUUCAAUGAGAAGGAGAUAUUUUACAGAGAAAGUCUAGUUGAUAAGUCGAUGCAUUGGAGGCUCGUGACAAGACAGAAUGGUGAUAUCGCGAGCUUUACUUGGAUUGAGAAAACACAAAGUUGGUUGCUUUAUGAAACAGCAAAUACAGAUAAUUGUGAUCGAUAUGCACUAUGUGGUGCAAAUGGUUUCUGUGAUAUUCAAAGCUCUCCAGUGUGUGAUUGCUUGAAUGGAUUUGCACCAAAAUCCCCAGGAGAUUGGGACGAGACUGAUUGGUCAAAUGGCUGUGUUAGAAGGACUCCACUAAAUUGUUCUGGAGAUGGGUUCCGAAAGCUCGCUGGAGUGAAGAUGCCUGAGACAAAAUCAUCUUGGUUUAGCAAGACGAUGAAUCUGGAGGAGUGCAGGAACACGUGCUUGGAGAAGUGCAACUGUACAGCAUAUUCAAAUCUGGACAUCAGGAAUGGAGGAAGUGGGUGCUUGCUCUGGUUCGGCGACCUGGUAGACAUUAGAGUUUUUGCUGAAAACGAGCAAGAGAUUUAUAUACGAAUGGCCGAAUCAGAACUAGAUAUUGGAGAUGGUGCCAGGAUAAAUAAAAAAUCCGAAACCAAGAAAAGGAUCAUAAAAAGCACUGUGUUAUCUACUGGGAUUCUGUUCGUUGGCCUAGCCUUGGUCUUAUAUGCUUGGAUGAAGAAGCAUCAGAAAAACAGACAAAUGUCUAUGGAAAAAAGUUCAAAUAACAUGCAGAGGAAAGAAGAUCUGGAACUUCCAUUGUUUGAUUUCAGUAACUUGGCUUGUGCAACAAAUAAUUUCUCUAUCGACAAUAAACUUGGAGAAGGGGGUUUCGGAACAGUUUACAAGGGAACAUUAGCAGAUGGACGAGAAAUAGCAGUGAAGAGGCUCUCUAAGAUUUCGAGACAAGAAAAAACACGAAGCUUUCUACUUGAUUGGCCUAAGCGCUACAACAUUAUCAAUGGUAUUGCUCGUGGACUCCUUUAUCUUCACCAGGAUUCAAGAUUAAGAGUAAUUCAUAGAGACCUGAAAGCCGGCAAUAUUUUAUUGGAUUAUGAGCUGAACCCGAAAAUUUCAGACUUUGGCCUGGCUAGAAGUUUUGGAGGAAAUGAAAUUGAAGCCAAUACUAAUAAAGUGGCUGGUACAUACGGCUACAUAUCCCCUGAGUAUGCAAAUUAUGGACUCUACUCGGUAAAAUCAGACAUCUUCAGCUUCGGUGUAUUGGUGCUAGAGAUAGUGAGUGGGAACAAGAACAGAGGAUUCAGCCAUCCAGACCACCAUCUCAACCUUCUUGGGCAUGCAAACAUGGCAACCUUCUCCAGCACUCUUGUCAAAUAA